GGAACAAUAGCUGUUUACCAAUUGAUUACUGAAGUCUCACCUCCAUUAAAGUUCGCACAUUGCGUGGGUAGUAGGUGUGACAAGAAAAAAACAACACAGUCUUCAUUACUAAAGUUGCAUGCACUGGAAAACUAAAAGCAGUUUAAGGCGUUACGUUGCAAGAUCACUAAUCCAAGAGUGAGAGAGAAUCUUUUAGGAUAACACAAUCAGUUGACGUUAAGAUCGUAUUCCGAAUUGUCAAAUAAACAAGUCUUCGAAAGGUCGGCGCGUUGUGCCAAAAAAAAGUCUCACCUUGAAUUAACACAAGUUCAUACAUUGCGCGUGCGUACGUGUGGCAAGAAAACAACAAUACAGUCUUCAUUAACAGAAGUUCUGUGCAACUAUACGCGCAAUAAAUCAAAUACAUUUAGACUCAAUAAAACAAGGUUUUGACGGCGGUUUGUUAAACAACGCGCGUUAAGCCAUAGAUGGUUUUCGAAGUUUUUCAAAUACGAUCAGCCAUCGAUCGAUCAACGGACUUUGUUUGACUUUGUUGCUAUGUAAGUGCCACAAGUUACUGCUAAACAACGCGCGUAAUCAAACAAAGAUAUUUAGAUUCAAUAGCUCUUCAACUACGUCAAGGUCAAAUAUAACUGAAGAGGUUUUACAGGCGGAUGAGACUUUACAGGGUAAAAGUCGUUGGAUGGUUUUCAAAGUUUUACAAAUACGAUCGGCCAUCGAUCGAUCAACGGACUUUGUUUGACCUUGUUGCUACGUAAGUGCCACACGUGAAUGCUAAACAACGCGCGCAAUCAAACAAAGAUAUUUAGACUCAAUCGCACUUAAACUACGCCAAGAUCUCGGUCACAUUUUAAGUUCUCUACAGGGUUACACUUUCUGAAAUUCGAUCGGCCAUCGAUAAACGAGCGCGAAUUACCAACUAGCGUAUCAACAACAUCGGCAUAGCGUGGGGGACAGAGAUAGAUUAGGGCGAGUGAAACUAACGGUUAAAAACGUGUUAUCAAGAUCGUAUUUAUAAAUGGGACGAUUAUAACAUCAGCUAGGCAAAUAGAGACAAUCUUGUAAGCAUAUAUACACUUUAAUUAUAUCAUGGAGCGAAGUAGCUUCUGUAUGGAGCGAAGUAACUCUUGUGUGGAGCGAAGUGACUUUUGGUUGGGGCGAAAUGACCAUGGGGCGAAAUGGCCUGAUACCGUUUAUACCCAAUAUCCGUUUGGUUCAAUGUCAGCAAUGGUUUAAUGUUGUUGCAAAGUCGAAGCAGUGGUUACCAUGCAUUUGUUCGUUUUCCUGCGCUUGUUAUUAGUUGCGUGUUCUGAUUGGUUCAUGGCUUCAUUUGCGUCCGUUGUGAUUGGUGAGCUUCCCGUGACAUGUCAACCAAACUGUAAAGCACGAAACUCUCCUCUGACUUCCGGUUUUGAGGUGGCUUAAUAUCGGGUGUUAAUUCUUGACGCACGAAAUUUAGAAUUAUUCAUGAGAACACUCGAACGGUAAUAGUGAUACACGAAGUAUGCCAACUGAGUAAACUGCGGCAGGUUUAGCCAUCAAGGCAGUUUUGUAUUACAUAAUUCCAAAUCAACCCUUCAUAUACCUAGAGGGGAAUAUUCUAAGUAUCUUCAGGCCUUUACAGUCUGCGGUGGACGAGGGAAAAUUAAUUGAUCCCUCUGGCUUACAAGCAAAGAUUACAUUCUUUGUUGUUUUAUCACAAUAUUCCCAAAACCCACUUAAUGUGCAUCCGUUCCUAGAGGUAGCUGGAAAAAACCGAACACAGAAAUUAAUUCGUCUGUGUGGCAAUUUCCUUACAACACACUGUUGGAAACUUUCGACUAAACCCAGCAAAAAGUUUAAUAAAUAGUUUUUUUAAUAAAUAGUAUUACACACUUGACUUCGAACGAAUGUCUUCCUGUGAAAUUUGCAUUUGAAUAAAGAAUAUCAAUUAUACAUAAGAACUUUUCUCUGUACCUGAAAACAACAGGUUUUCUAAGUUUGGACGAAUUGAAUUCUUUCAUGCAGGAAUGUACUCCCAUAUGCCUAUCUGGCGAGAACUGGUUUCUGACAUUUAGGUUUAAUUGGUUCGUUUCCCUCUGUCUCGGUUGUUAGUGGUUCCAAAAAAAGGAUCAAUUUAAAUUUGGCAUCCAAAGGAACACUAAAUUAUUUAUCACGUCAGGCGAAAGCUAAUCUUCAAUUAGCAAGGUGUAUUGAAGUUGUGUUGAUAUUCUUCAAACUCACGCAGCGUUUGACUAACACAAGUGAAACUUACUCUUUGAUGUACUUCUUAGCGACAGACCGACUUCAUAACAAAAGAUAAGGCGAUAUUUUUAUUGAGAGAAACGUCGCUUGAAGUGUCAAAGUGCCUCGUUCGACCUGAAGGAAUGUAAAGGACGACAGCAAUGCCAUCUCCGUUGUCAAGGAAAAGAGGAAGUGCAAAGAAGCCGGGAUUAAACCGGCAACGGAACUUUCAACCAGCGUUAAAAACUGUGAAGAGUUUAGUGGAUGACAUAGCUGAUUCAGAAGAUCCCGAAGACCGGGAUUUUAAAACUAAGGUACUUGAACAAACAUCACAGUCCCCAACUCGAAACGAAACAGCUUGUACAAAUACAAGUCAGGGACAUGAAAGUGCGUCGAAAAACCGUUUGCAAACUAUUUCUUCGGACUCUUAUUUUCAAAAAGAUCGAUUAUUGCACAGUUUCGAUAGCGACUCGGAAAGUCAAAACAAUGAAGAUAGUUUCUCUGAAGAACAAACAGAGUCUCGUGUUCUGACUGAGGUAGAAAGGUUAGAAGAAGUUCAAGCAGUUCUGGAGGAAAGAAUUAAACAGACCAAGGAAUUGCUCGAGACAGCGGACAGCACGAGAAAUCAAAGACUGCAUGGCCAAAGAAAGUUACGGCGACUUGGGCUUAAAGUUCAAAAGUUGGAACAGCGUCUCGAGUUAGAGAGAGCGGGGAAAUGUGGGUGGACGUUUGUCAGGAGAGUUUUGAGAAAGCCGAAGGUCGGAUUUCAUAGCAGCGAGUUGUUGAAUCGAAAGGUGCCAUUGGGACUGAUUGCUGCAAAUAUAGACACCCGACCUCACCUCACCGAUGUUGUUUUGCAAGAAAUGGAACACAAGGCAGACGUUCAAGUAGAUAUCAACUCACAAAGGCCGAAAAAAUUGUUCAAAUCGAAGGAUCUGCAAGAGUUUCAGCAAAACCUUUCAGACAAUCAGUCUCAACAAGGCAACAAUGUGGAAGAAGGUGGCAAGGAGCCUGAUAAUGCUGUGUUGCGGGGAGAGGUAGCCAAAGAUGCCGCCAGUGGAUGGCUCCAGAUUGACAGUAGCGAAGAACUUCAAGAAAAAGAGCAACGAAGUGAUCGAAAGGAGAUGGAAAAAGGAUGGCUACGAAUCAGUGACAAGCCUGGAGACUUCGUAAAGAGGAUCGAGGAUGCUUCAGAUACAAAGCAAUUCAAAGAAGCGUGGGUUAACAUAAAUGAACAAGGACGUGAACGUUUCGCAAGGAAAGUUUUCCGGGCCAAUAUGAAUGGCGACUCACUCCUGUCGCUUACUUUGGAUGGAAGUGGAGGCACAUUAAACGUUCGUGGAGAAAAACUUAGUAUAGAUGGAAGGAGAUCUUUUAAUACUUCUCAACAGACACGUCUAGACCGUAAAGAUAAAAGCAAAGAGGGACGAGUGGGGAGAAUCUCAUCCUCCCGAUCACUUCCAACUGCAAAGAUCGUCAAAAUACAAAACGUUGCCGGGACCACUUCUUUUCUGCCUCCAAUUCCAAAAUCUGAAGCUAAGAAACGCCCUAAAGAAGAACAAGUAGAGAAGGUAAAAGAUGAAAACGACGGAGAGCAACAAAAAGAAAGAGUACUUCUGAUUCCCAAUCAGAGGCGAUUGGCCAGAAGAAGAAUUGAGAUUUACCUAAAACAACUGGAAUUCGUUAAGUCUCACAGACUUGAUCAAAGGGAGAUUUUGAAAACUUUGGCAUCUGCUGUCGAGGACUACUAUGGCGAAAAAGGAAUACCAACAAAACACGAGGCAAAAACGACUCCACGUCACGCUUUGUAUUUGAUUGGGGCACUGUCCAAAAACCAUCUUCGCCCUCCCACUGCGCCAUCUAAGUAAUAACGCUUUGUUGUUACUCAUCU